CGCGCUGAUGUCGUCACCGCCAGUUCCCGGGGCCGUCGGACCGACGAGCUCUUCCGUUGCCCUCCCCAGCCUCGCACUGCGGAGAAACUUCUUUCGGGAGGCAGCCCGCGCCAUGAGCAGCACGGCCGUGGUCCCCAGCGCGGCGGGCCCGGGCCCGGGCCCCAGCGGCGGGCCAGGCGGAGGCACCGAGGUGAUCCAGGUGACCAACGUGUCCCCGAGUGCUAGCUCCGAGCAGAUGCGGACGCUCUUCGGCUUCCUGGGCAAGAUCGACGAGCUGCGCCUCUUCCCGCCGGAUGACUCGCCUUUGCCAGUCUCCUCUCGUGUCUGCUUUGUUAAGUUCCAUGAUCCAGACUCAGCAGUUGUGGCACAGCAUCUGACAAACACUGUGUUCGUUGACAGAGCUUUGAUAGUCGUACCGUAUGCUGAAGGAGUCAUUCCUGAUGAGACUAAGGCUUUGUCUCUGUUGGCACCCGCUAAUGCAGUGGCAGGUCUUCUGCCUGGUGGUGGACUCCUGCCUACCCCCAACCCACUUACCCAGAUUGGCGCUGUUCCCCUGGCUGCGUUGGGAGCUCCAGCUCUUGAUCCUGCCCUUGCUGCUCUUGGGCUUCCAGGAACAAACUUGAACUCUCAGUCUCUUGCUGCAGACCAACUGUUGAAGCUUAUGAGCACUGUUGAUCCCAAAUUGAAUCAUGUAGCUGCUGGUCUUGUUUCACCAAGUCUGAAGUCAGACACCUCUAGUAAGGAAAUAGAGGAAGCCAUGAAGCGGGUGCGUGAGGCCCAGUCCCUGAUUUCUGCCGCUAUUGAGCCAGACAAGAAGGAAGAGAAGAGAAGACAUUCGAGAUCAAGGUCGCGCUCACGAAGGAGAAGGACCCCUUCGUCCUCCAGACACAGGCGGUCACGAAGCCGGUCAAGGAGGCGAUCACACUCUAAGUCCAGAAGUAGAAGGAGAUCCAAAAGUCCAAGACGGAGACGAUCUCAUUCCAGAGAGAGGGGUAGAAGGUCAAGGAGCACGUCCAAAGCCAGAGACAAAAAGAAAGAAGACAAAGAAAAGAAGCGUUCCAAAACCCCACCAAAAAGCUACAGUACAGCCAGACGUUCUCGGAGUGCAAGCAGGGAGAGACGGCGGCGGCGAAGCAGGAGUGGUACAAGGUCUCCUAAAAAGCCCAGGUCUCCUAAAAGAAAGCUGUCCCGCUCACCAUCCCCACGGAGACAUAAAAAAGAGAAGAAGAAAGAUAAGGACAAAGAAAGAAGCAGAGAUGAAAGGGAACGAUCAACAAGUAAAAAGAAGAGGGGCAAAGACAAGGAGAAAGAACGGGAAAGAAAGUCCGAGAGUGACAAAGACGUCAAAGUGACACGGGAUUACGAUGAAGAGGAGCAGGGCUAUGACAGCGAGAAGGAGAAGAAGGAGGAGAAGAGACCAUCAGAAGCAAUGUCCCCUAAAACCAAGGAGUGCUCUGUGGAGAAGGGGGUAGCUGACCUGCGAGAGUCCAAAGUGAACGGGGAUGAUCACCACGAAGAAGACAUGGAUAUGAGUGACUGAGCCCCUGAAGCUGGCUGCAGACAGGCCUCGGUGUCAUUCCUCAUGAUACCUAAUGCUGUGUGUGUUCAUCUCACCUAGGUGUAUACAGCUGCACAUUACCAAUGGCUGCAGAACACCCAAUUGUGAUCUCUAGUUCUUUACAACAAAAGCUUUUAGAAAGUGGUUACCUGGGUGACCAGCACUGCCAUGGUGAUAUCCAUUUGCGUGACCAAGCAGCUGUGCAACUGCUGCUUCUAACACAAAUGAACAGCUGCAUGCAUCUCCAGCAGGCAUGGAUUUGUCUCUGUCGUAUGAUCCUCAGUGCGUUCACUUAGAGUAUUUCUAGAGUUUGAGUCCUUGCCGUGAUAGAGCCAUGUAGGGAAUGCACUGAUUGCAUGUUACCCCAAAUGUCAUGAAACCCUCCAACACGGGGACCUACUUAAUGGUCUUAUUUGUUGACAUGACAAAUUAACAUUCUUAGAGUUACAUCUGGAAACGAGCAUUUGUGAUAGAUAGCCUUUUGAGCCUUGUGGCUAAAUUUUUGUGGCUUUGUUAACUUUCAAAGGUUAUAUAUGCACUAACCUUUUUUUGAUGGCUAAGUAGGCUUUAAAUUACAGAAAAAAUUUCAAAUAAAACUGGCUGUAAAGUAUGAUGUUUUGAAUUAGAGUUGUUCACAUUUUCAUAGCUACUUUUGUUCCCAAUAAUUUAUUUCACAUCUCUACCAGUGAAUACAACCUGCUUAUCUAGCCCAUCACUAGAAGAAAAUGACCUCGUCCUGAUUUUCAUUUUUCAACUUUUUUAGUUUUAAAGCUCACUGUUUGAACAAGAGGAGGUGGUGGUGCAUUUUAAAUUGACCUUCAUGUGCUUUUAAAAUAUGACAAAUCUUGAUAAUGUACUAUUAUUUGAUCUCAAGUUGUACAAAACCAAUAAAUUUGUGUUACUUUGAUUGCAGUAGUAUCUUAUGCACAGUGAUUCCAUGUUAUAUGCAGACUAAGUAGGUAACUGUUUUCUUAGUUACAGAAGUUAAAAGCUUCACUUUUGUGCAGUAAAAAACAAAAGUAGGCUACCGUCUGUGCCAUGUUGAUGUACAGUUUCUGAAAUUGUUUUACAGGACUUUGAUAAUAAAACCCUUAAACUCACAA